AUGAAGAUUAAGCCACCUACACGACCACGGCAGACCUACACGACCACGGCACACCUACACGACCACGGCACACCUACCAUGAGCCACGGUAGACCUACACGACCACGGCAGACCUACACGACCACGGCACACCUACACACGACCACGGCAGACCUAUACGACCACGGCAGACCUACACGACCACGGCAGACCUACACGACCACGGCAGACCUGCGACCACGGCACACCUAUACGACCACGGCACCUGCGACCGGCACACCUGCGACCACGGCACACCUGCGACCACGGCACUAUCUACACCACGGCAGGCCUACACGACCACGGCAGACCUACACGACCACGGCAGACCUACACGACCACGGCAGACCAGAGGAGCUACUGUUAACCCUGGAGCUCCUCAUCCCUGGAGCUACUCGACCCUGGAGCUACUCGCCCCUGGAGCUCCUCACCCCUGGAGCUCCUCGCCCCUGGAGCUACUCACCCCUGGAGCUACUCGACCCUGGAGCUACUCACCCCUGGAGCUACUCACCCCUGGAGUUCCUCGACGCUGGAGCUACUCACCCCUGGAGUUCCUCGACGCUGGAGUUCCUCGACCCUGGAGUUCCUCGACCCUGGAGUUCCUCGACCCUGGAGCUCCUCGCCCCUGGAGCUCCUCACCCCUGGAGCUCCUCACCCCUGGAGCUCCUCACCCAUGGAGCUCCUCACCCAUGGGUUCUCGACUGGGACAUGAGCCACCGGGUUCCUCGGCCUGCUGGGUUCACCAGCCCGCAGGCUCCUCAUGCAAACCCUGCACCGGGGCUCCUCACCCCUGGAGCUCCUCACCCAUGGAGCUCCUCACCCAUGGAGCUCCUCGCCCCUGGAGCUCCUCACCCCUGGAGCUCCUCACCCCUGGAGCUCCUCACCCCUGGAGCUCCUCGCCCCUGGAGCUCCUCGCCCCUGGAGCUCCUCACCCCUGGAGCUCCUCACCCCUGGAGCUCCUCACCCCUGGAGCUCCUCGCCCCUGGAGCUCCUCACCCCUGGAGCUCCUCACCCCUGGAGCUCCUCACCCCUGGAGCUCCUCACCCCUGGAGCUCCUCACCCCUGGAGCUCCUCGACCCUGGAGCUCCUCACCCCUGGAGCUCCUCACCCCUGGAGCUCCUCACCCAUGGAGCUCCUCGCCCCUGGAGCUCCUCACCCCUGGAGCUCCUCACCCCUGGAGCUCCUCACCCCUGGAGCUCCUCACCCCUGGAGCUCCUCGACCCUGGAGCUCCUCACCCCUGGAGCUCCUCACCGCUGAUAGUGAAGCAACUGUUCCUAGUGUAA